ACCACCCUAUCCAAAUCCCACGCCUUCUGCUUUGCGCAUCCCGCCUCUUCCCUAUCCGUCUUCCGUCCUCCUUCGCCGCGCAUGGCGCUGCCAUCCGCCUCGAUCACCCGCUUCGAUUUAUCUGGUCACCAGAAAGUGACAGGAAUUCUGCGUGGAAGUGUAAGUCCGGUGCUCAUCAGGAGCAUUAGACGAGGCAAAGUACAUCAUACCAUCAGCAGAUCUGGAAGCCGCUGCCUGCUUAAUGUCACAGUGCCCUGCAGUAUCCAAUCAGCACUCAUGACUGCUUCAGCUACACCAUAUGAUCCAUCAAGAUGUGUGCAACCUUCUCUACCAAUUAUUCCCCAGAACCUAGGUGCAGCUUUAUCAGAGUAUAUACAGGGCUUGAUAAUAGCAGAUAUUGAUCCUGCCACAGUAAAACUUGCUAUCAGUGUCACAGGCCCUUUCCUCUCAGCAUUUGGUUUUUUGUUCAUUCUAAGGAUCAUCAUGUCUUGGUACCCCAAACUCCCAGUGAAGAAAUUCCCUUACAUUAUCGCUUAUGUUCCUACAGAACCUUUUCUCAGCAUCACAAGGAAGGUGAUACCACCUCUUGCUGGAGUAGAUGUCACACCUGUUGUCUGGUUUGGAUUGGUUAGUUUCUUGAACGAAAUAUUAGUAGGGCCUCAAGGGUUAUUAGUGCUUCUAUCUCAGCAGUUGUAGAACAUUGAUGUGUACAGUUCUCUAUCACUAUUUAGCUUCUUCUGCUCAACAUCCAGUUUCCUACUUGUCGAAUCUGGCAAGUUACAUUAACUUCCACCAUUUGGAGAAAAUUCUGGUACCCUGGUUGUAUGAGACUGCAGGUAUAUGAAUCUGGGGUGUCACCUACAUGUUAUAUGUUUGACUUGGUUUGUUUCUUUCAUUACAUUGAACAGGUAACCUUUGUAUGUAUACUUUGACCUUGGAAUAAAUAUCUUCUCAUCAUUUAUCA